AUUUCUCCUGGUUUCCUUCUAAAGCCCUAAACCCUUAAUUUUUCACCCUCUGUAUCAUCAUCGUCAUCACCAGGAGGAGGAGGAAGAUAAGUGGUAAGAGGCCGGCCUCAAGGUUAAUCGUGAUGCAAGGUACUAGGGUUUCUAAACUUCAUAUAUUUAAGCAGAAUUUGCUCAAUUAUAAACCCUAUUUUCCUCAUUUACUGAAUCGUUAUGGAAUUGAAUCAUUAUUGGAAAGGUUUAACACAAAUUCAUCUUAUUCUAGUUACUCUAAACACAAGUUAAGGGGAGAAAUGAAGAACAAUUCUUCUCAAGAUUAUUUCCCUAAAAACAUGGAUUCUGAUGACGAUUUUGAUAGUGACAAAACUUUUGGGAAGAAUACUAGAGCCAAUCAAGAUCCCCCAGUCCCUAUUCCUAAUAGACCUUUGAGAGGAGAAAGACGUAGGGAUCAUAUUGAUAAAGAUUUUGUUUUUAAAAUGAAAGAAUCCAGACAAAUUCCAAAGGGUCGUUACACGGAGAAUAAAUCAUCUUCUUUUAUGAGAGGAAGAGCGAGAAAUGAUUCAUUAGAAGAUGAUGAUCUUGAUGAUCUGUUUAUUGGUAGUGGUAGUAGUAGAAAUUUAGUCAGACCUAAUAAUAGUAGUAGUGGCAGAACCCAAAAGGAAGAGGGUAUGAAUCGUUUUCCGAGAGAUUCUAGGGUUCAAUACUCUAAUGACAAACAAACCAUGGGUGCCAAAAAGAGAGUUAAUGAUGCUAACGGUGAUGUAGAAUCUGUUCGUAGUUUCUUUGAAAAGUUCAACCUCAGUAAUCAUGACGAGAAGGAACACGACCCCCUCAUUGAAAAUCAGAAUACACCUGCAGCACCUGAAAUUGUUGCUAAAGCAGCAGCAGCAGCAUUGUUGCCAGAACGAAAAGAAGAAGUUGAAGCGCCUACAGACCCUACAAAACAGCCACCACCGCAGGAUGCGGAUGAGAUUUUUAAGAAAAUGAAGGAAACAGGGAUGAUCCCAAAUGCUGUAGCUAUGCUUGAUGGCCUCUGUAAAGAUGGGUUAAUCCAAGAAGCCAUGAAACUUUUUGGUUUGAUGCGUGAGAUAGCUACUAUUCCUGAAGUUGUCAUCUACACUGCAGUAGUUGAAGGAUUCUGCAAAGCUCGGAAGUUUGAUGACGCUAAGAGGAUAUUCAGGAAAAUGCAGAACAAUGGGAAUUCUCCAAAUGCAUUCAGUUACACAGUCUUGAUUCAGGGACUACUGCCGUUUACUAAGAAGAAGUGUGAAGGGAUGACAAGCAGACUAGAGGAUGCACUGGAUUUUUGUGUUGAGAUGCUGGAAGCUGGUCAUUCUCCGAAUGUGGUCACAUUUGUGAGUUUGGUAGAAGGUUAUGUCGUAGACAAGGGGGUGGGAGAAGCUAACAGUAUGAUCGGACGAUUAAGGGAGAAAGGUUUCUCUGUUAAUGAUAGAGCAGUCAAAGAACACCUCGACAAGAAGGGGCCCUUUUCUUCAUUUGUUUGGGAGGCUAUCUUUGGAAAGAAAAUUUCACAGAGGCCAUUCUAGACAGCUUCAUUCCUAUCCUUAGUAGUUUGCUCGAAAACUUUUUGGAUGAUGUAGCGGAAAGCUGAAUUAUAAGGUGACCAUUGUAUGUACUUAUCGGGCUGCAGCAUCCUUGUAAUCAGUCGCUUAUUGCUGUUGAUAGAGAGCUGCUGCUGGCAUAUUUCCAUAGCUUUCUGUUGAGACUCUGAUAAGCAUCCGUGGACCAUCUCCGCGAGGCCAUAUAAAUUUAGACAAGCAUCAUUUGCAAAGUAAUACAGAACCUUGGGAAGUAUUACCUUGUUGUUGUUAUAUUCAUCACUUGUUCCCCACCCGUCUUUUGUAUGUUUUUGCUUGUAGUUGUUAUUGUUGUAAAUGGAUGAUGAGGAAGAUAAUGAUGAGAAGGUAUUAGCAUUUGCAGUAUUAA